AACAAUAAAUUAACCGAUUUUCGCCGGAGCCAUCUCUUUGCCGGCGAACUUACAAUUCCGGUGAAAUUUCCGAUGAACUAAUUUUUUCGUUCAAAAUAUGAGAGAUUCAACUCGUACUUCAAUUUUCUCUAAAUUUUGUUCAUCAGCAGCAAGAACGAAGCCACUAAGCAAUUCAUCGGAAACCGUCGGAAUAAAAUCCGGCGAAGGUUUAGUCCGCCGUCUCGGUCCUUUUGACCUAAUCUUGCUCGGAAUUGGUGCUUCGAUUGGCGCCGGAAUAUUCGUCGUCACUGGCACCGUCGCUCGCGAUGCCGGUCCCGGAGUUACAAUCAGCUUUACACUCGCGGGAGCAUCGUGUGUGCUGAAUGCUCUUUGUUAUGCUGAGCUAGCUUCUCGAUUUCCUGCAGUUGUUGGAGGAGCAUACUUGUAUACAUAUACAGCUUUCAAUGAGCUCACUGCUUUUCUAGUUUUUACACAGAUGAUGCUGGACUAUCACAUUGGUGCAGCUAGUAUAGCACGAAGCUUAGCAAGCUACAUCAUUAAUAUCGUAGAGCUCAUUCCCUUUUUCAAUAAUAAUAUCCCAAAGUGGGUUGGGCAUGGUGGUAACGAGAUAUUUGGGUUUAUAUCCAUCAACUUAUUGGCUCCAGUCCUUCUUGUACUUCUGACUGUAAUCCUAUGCCGUGGUGUCGGUGAAUCUUCACUAGUUAAUACUAUCAUGACCACAACCAAGAUAGUCAUUGUUCUUGUGGUCAUAAUUGUUGGUGCUUUUGAGGUUGAUGAUUCAAACUGGACACCUUUUGCUCCAAAUGGUUUUAAAUCCAUGUUAACAGGAGCAACUGUAGCCUUUUUUGCAUAUGUAGGAUUCGAUGCAGUUGCUAAUUCAGCCGAAGAAUCCAAACGACCACAGAGAGAUUUACCAAUAGGCAUCAUUGGAAGCCUUGUCGUUUGUAUUGCACUAUAUAUUGGUGUUUGCUUAGUUAUAACUGGUAUGGUACCUUACAAGUUUCUUGGAGAAGAUGCUCCUUUGGCUGAGGCUUUUAAAUCUAAAGGAUUAAAGUUUGUAUCAACUUUAAUCAGCAUCGGGGCUGUUUCUGGGCUUACUACUACCUUAUUAGUUGGUCUCUAUGUUCAGUCUCGAUUAUAUCUGGGGCUUGGAAGGGAUGGGUUGCUACCCAGGAUAUUUGCUCGUGUUCAUCCAACACGCCACACUCCUAUUCAGUCUCAGUUAUGGGUUGGAUUUAUCGCAUGCAUCUUGGCUGGAUUGUUAAAUGUGCACUUACUCUCACAUGUUCUGUCAGUUGGUUCGCUGGCAGGUUAUUCAGUGGUGGCGGCAUGUGUAAUUACUCUUCGUUGGAAGGACAACAUUGGUAGUCAAGGCGCGGCCACUUUUAUUUCGCAUAGGCUGGAAGGAAUCCUUUGCAUUACUGUGAUUGCUUCUUGUGGUUUUGCUACGGGAAUCCUAUUCCGUUAUGCUGGUUCAGCUCUUGCGUAUAUAUUUCUUACUGUUCCAGUAACUAUUGCAAUCUUUGCUGUUUCAGCUCUUCGAUUUCGACAGGUACAAAUGAAUCCACCGGGUUUUUCUUGUCCAUGGGUUCCAAUAGUCCCUGCUCUUUGCAUCUUCGUUAACAUAUUCUUGUUCGCUCAGCUUCACUAUGAAGCCUGGGUGAGAUUUAUUGUUCUCAGCAUUGUGGCAAUAGGUGUAUAUGCAUUCUAUGGGCAACAUCAUGCCAAUCCUACAAGUGAUCGUGAAGUUGUUACUUACCACAAAGCACCAGAAGAAGAAGCUCUAUGAUCUUAUCUAUAGCUUAAACAUAUGAUGCAAGUGAACCGUUUGUAACUUUGUAUAUCCAUGUAAUGUAAAUUCCUGUAUGAUUUUACCCUGUAUGUUAAUAGGAUAUGUUGCUUAUAUAAGUUCUGUGCUAGGUUUACAAUUUAGCAGUUUCCCACUCAUCUAGUAGAGAUUAUAAAACAGUAUGCAAACAUGAGUAUUUUUUUUUGUCAAUCUACAGAUCAUUGUGUAAUUUUUAGCAUAUUUCAUUCA